AUCUCUCGCACUGCGGAGGUCGAGAUAACGUCAUGAUGAAUGCCGCCAAAGUGCGCGAAAUCAUGUGCUAGCCGAAAGAGCACGAGUGUGAGUUCGUGUUUCCACAGAAUCCACAAUCCCUGCAGAAAUAAAUGCAACUUCGGUCAGUGAUAAAGAUACAGUGAUUAAGAUACGAUUCUUUUAGCUCUAAUCAUGAAUUUCGAUGCUAUCUGCGAUUGCGGAGGUAAAGUCAACGUUAACGACUGGCAAUUGAACAGAAGCGGUCUAUUUUAUCAUAAGGAAGUAGAAAAUGUGCUUUUCCUGCAAACGGAUUGUUCCUUCUCUCACAUAGAAGUCAGCCUCUUCAAUUGUGUCAUGCCUGGUGCCACAGCUGUGAUGAAUCUUAAACAUUUUAUCAAUUGCAUGGAGAUGCACUUGAAGAUAUUAAGUAGACACGACAGACCUGUUACAAUAUCUGGAGUAUGCAAUGAUCGUGAUUAUUUCUCUUUAAGAAAAAUGGUCUGUGAAUUUAUUUUAUAUUUUCGUGAAUAUAUGAACAGCAUAAGAUGGAAUCUUGCUGUAUUAGAAGCAAUAAUACCUGAAAUUAAUAAUGAUGUGGAUACUUUGUUUGACUCCAUCAAGCGGUUCUUCAGUACGUUACGCAGCAUUCCAGAUUCUACUUUGCUUUAUGCAGCUUCUAAUAUAGGUAACAAGUGUAAACAACCAGAAUUUCAUAUGUAUCAUAUGCAUAUAGAAUUGAGAUGGUUCUUUGUCACAUUGAUGUAUGCAAAAACCAUGUUGUACCAGUAUUCAGUACACACACAGUUGGAAGAAUUAGAAAAUACUUUUACAAUGAUUAUAAAUGAUUUGAUAUAUUCAGCUUUGAAAGUAUUCGAAAGAUUAUCCUUGAAUUGGACUAUGGAUCUUAUGCAGAAAACACCAUACAACUGUACAUGUAUACGAGAAUUGUGGCUAAUGCUUCAAAUAUUUAUUGAUAACUUGGAAGAAAGAAUGAAAACCAAGGUAUUUUGGGAUCAUGUGAACACUUGUAUUGAUAAAAUAUUAGAUAAAAAUCAGAUUCAGGGAAUGUCUUGGCACAGAACUGCAGAUCCUUCUUUACCAGACUGUAAAAAUUCCGAAUUAUUCUGCAUCUGGAUAAUAUAUCAUUUGUCUCUAUUGUAUGGAUACAAUAACAAUGGUAUAUACUUACAAUCUAUGUCGUCAAGGAUUAGAUCUAAUUACGAGCAAAUUGAAAAGAUUCUCAGAAUAUAUGUCUGUAAAGGUGGGAAGGAUGGCGAGAGGGAUGAACUUGAUACCGAGCUAAAGAUUAUAAUACCGUUAUUACAUGAUCUCAUUAUUACUUGGUGGCAGCCGCGAAUAUCUCUUAUAUCCUACCUCUGGGAUUGCUUCCAUAAGAGAUUGGACCAGCCGUUCCUGCAGCAGACUUCUGGACCUUGGGCUCUGUCCGUUGAAAAAAAAAGCGCUGCGGAUAUUCUGAAACAAAUCAACGAUAGAAUUAAUGGCAAAUUUGAGCAGUCUAAAGAAUCUAGCUACAGCAUGUUUUUAUAUUUGUUAGGUACUUUUUUAAAGAACUACAGCAAAACGGAUGCGAAAUAUUGGAGUCAGGUCAAAGGUCGCGUGUACACGAAAUUUUCGAAGAGCAAAGUUGGAGAAUUUUCCGAGAGCGGCCUGUACAAUUUCAUAUCCUUAUUCAUUACUUUAGCUAUCACUGCCGACACUACCAAUGUAUGCUUAACAAUGCUAGAACUCUUGCCGUCUACACACGAAGCAAAUAAUGAAAACAAUAAAAAGUACAAUCUGGUUUGGAAAGGAAAACUAGCCUGUCUGCUGUUGUUUAAUGAAAAAAGAUUAUCUUUUAGUGCUAUAGCUGGCCAUUUUACAGAAACCAUCAACUUAAUAAGUUGCCGUAAAGACGAAAUAUCUCGCUCCAUGAUGACAAAUUUUGUCGACGUAUUAAAUAAGAUCUUGUCCGGCAAUGAAAAAAUGGAUCUGGGAGAACAUAAUUUCAUCGGAGGCUGGAUCGAUCGUUAUCUCUUGGAGUGCCCGAAAAAUCGAAUUGCUGUUUUACUCGAGAUGCUCGCCAAUGUUUUCGAGAAGUGUGUUAUCUUGCAAGUGUCUUGUGACAAUGAUGGUGCUAAGAAGAUGUUAGAUGCGCUGUGGUGUUUCGUUGCUUCUCGAGUUCGUCAGCUUGUUUUCGAUCCUGUUCUCAGCGGUGAUAAUUAUAAAGACAUUUCCAAGCUAGCCGUCAUAUUCACGCUGGAGGCAGUCAGAGAUCCAGCCACUGCCAAGAAGUAUAAACAUUCAGCCAUGUCAUUAUUUCAACAUUUCGCGGCAUCAAUAUUCGUUAAGGAUAUAAGAAUUACUCAAUAUUAUUUAACGUCAAUUCUCGAGAACAGCCAUGCUGUGCAAAGCUUAAAGAAGGAAAUUCCAAAUUUCGAUACCAUUCUCAUUCAAGCCUGGAUAAAAUGUUCCAUCCUUGGCCACGGCGCAGACAAAGAGGAACUAAAUAUUUUACAGUGUUACAUUAUCGAACUUGAUGAGAUUAAAGAAGUAUUUAUAUCGGACGAUGAUCUGCAAGAAUUUCGGGAUAGCAAUGAGCCCAUUUUGACAUUCAUAAUAUCGCUCAUGAAAAGAGAGAAUCUUUUAAAGUCUGAACUAGAGAGACUCCAACAUAAUGGAAAAUGUAGAACAUACUUUAAGAAUCUAGAGAAAUGGGUCCUGAUACCCAUAACGGAGGAAACAAAAGACUCGGAGGUCGCAUUCUGGAUCUACAGAUGUCUCGGAACGCUGAUACUCUGCAUUUCACCGGCAUUGUACACUAAAAAUUUACCGAACGACAUGUUGAGAACGCUCAUCAACAAAGUUAUACUUGUACCUGAAAAUUCCACACAGCUAUACCUAAAGCAGUUGGGAAAGAGAAUAUUUUCCAUGAUAAUACUCGGUCUAGAAAAAUUGAACAUUAAAGGUGAUAUAUUACUGCAGGCGAUGAUGAGGGAUAUCUUCGAUCAAUAUUUACCGAUUUUAAUAACCGAGGUUAAUAACAGCGGCAAUUUCAAAGUUUCCGAUGUGCUAUUAAAGUGUUUUAAGGAGGCAAAAUGCGAAUUUGUGCGCUCGAUCUUCGAGAUGCUGAUGUCGAAUUUUUAUAAUAUAUCGUCCGACAAUGUUAUGCACAAACACUCCAAUUUGAUAACUUGGCUUAUUAAGACACUGCUUAAGGAAGAGAAAACGUAUCCCAAAUAUAUCGUAGAACACAUCAUUCAGAUUUGUUCUUCGAACAUCUUUGGCUGCUACAUGAAGGUUCACGAUCAUCACCCACAUAAGCUGUACACGAUUGACUUCAUCAGAGAUGUAAUUAAGAAUUCGUACUAUGAAGCAGAUAAAAUAAUCAGAGAGAAAUUCCACACUGCCGUCUCGGCUAUGAUGCAGAAACACUUAACGCUAAAUAUGCAGCCUACAUUCGAGCUUAUACGAUCAAUUCUGCCGAUAAAGAAAAGUAUAAUAAUCGGUUUGUUCUCACAAAUCGAAGCUAUCGUAUCGCAGGCCGAACAAUAUCAUCGACAUAACGCGAUAUCUUUGAGGUUUAUGUGGAAUCAGUUGAAAAAACACAUGCUGAGUAUGGACAAUAAAUUGUGAUAAGGUUACAAAAUUUAUUAAUAAGCGCUAAAUAUCCUCAACAAUGACAGUUUAGAUUUCCUAUAAGUUCUGACUGAUAAUUCAAGAUACUAUUUGGAUUUAAUGAGCAUGCAACCAUGUUCAUAUACAGAAACGUAUAUAAAUUCAUUUAGUAUUGCGAGGUAUAAGAAAAAAAAAAAAAAUUACAUAUGUGUAUAUAUCAGCAAAAUAACAUUAAAUUUCAUACAUAUAAUACAUAAAACACACUCCUCAAUUACGAAAUAGAUAUAUAAAAUGAGAUUUAAAUUAUUGUCGCGUGUACGCCAUAGAAUUACUACAAAAACAAUAAUCAGCUGCGAUAUAAAUCCACUUACAUAAUUGACGCGAUCAUUCUGUAUAAGAAAUAUAAGAAAGUAGACUUGA